AUUUAAAGAGGUGGUGUGAUCUUAUUAAAUCUAUCAAAUAUCAUGAUGAAUUACAUAAUUAUAUAAUGGAGAAAAAGAAAAUAAUUUUCUAAAAAAGAUUGAAAGAAAUGGUCAGCCAUGGGAACCCAUAUUUGUAGGCCGUAUAAAUCUCUAUUCCAACCACGUAUAUUCCUUGCAUGUCCUAUCCUCUCCCCACCUGUCCUCAAAACCCUAUACUCACUCUCCAAUUUUCUUAAUCGAUCCUUCUCCAUUUCCUCACUACAAUAUUCUUUCCCUUUUCUUUCUCUCACCUUAAUUAUACCCAUGGCCGACGACCGCCCUCCCUCCGCCGCCACUCUCCUCCGCCGCAUCCAACACCACGCCCCUAACUCCCCUCAACUCCUCGGCUUCCUCACUCUAUUCAUCUCCGCUUCCAUUCUCAUCUUCCUCACCGGCCUCACUCUCACCGCCGCCGUCCUCGCCUUCAUUUUCCUCACCCCCUUCCUCCUCCUCACCUCCCCCAUUUGGCUCCCCGUUGCCUUUUUCCUCUUCCUCGCCACUGCCGGGGUCUUGUCCCUCGCCGGUCUUGCACUUGCCACAGCUGCGGGAUGUUCGUGGGCUUAUAAGUACUUUAAAGGCAUGCACCCACCCGGAUCGGACCGGCUCGAGUAUGCGAGGAGCCGAAUCUAUGACACGGCGAGCCAUGUGAAGGAUUAUGCUAGAGAAUAUGGUGGGUAUUUGCAAAGUAAGGUGAAAGAUGCUGCUCCUGGAGCAUAAUUUCAUAUCAUUUAUCAUUAUAUAUAAUUUUAGUACUUGCGGCUAUAUAAAUUCAUAUUUUGGUUUUCUUUCUUUUUGUUCCUCGCGGCUUGUUGAGAUCAAGCUGAGUUGUCUGAACUGGUUUUGAUUUGUAUGUUUUUGUUUUUGGGUUUCUAUAUGAUAGUUAAGAGAAAGGAGGAGAUUUUUGGUAUGUUGUAUUGUUAUAUGCAUCAGAAUAAUUCUAAACACCAUGACGGAUUAUUCUUUUUUUCUUUCUUUUAAAUAAAUUGAGAUUGUAAUCAAACAGA